CCAACUACCCCCAGCAACGAAAACCUGCUCCCAGGGUUCGCGCCGCCACCGCCGCCGCCGCCGCACUGCUCCCCCGACCAGCGAGCUUCCGAAAGCUCCAUCCUCCCUUGGGAAGCCCAGCCCGCACCGACCCCCUAGCCCCACGCCACGCCAUGGCAAGCUCCGGCGAGGACAGGGGCGUGGUGGUGGACAUCCGGUCCGCGGCGGAGUCGGCGGGCGACGACGGCGCGCGCGACGCGCCGCUCCACGUGGUCGAGUCCCUCUGCAUGCGCUGCGGCGAGAACGGCACGACGAGGAUACUGCUCACUCUGAUCCCGCACUUCCGGGAGGUUGUUCUGAUGGCUUUCGAGUGCCCGCAUUGCGGCGAAAGGAACAACGAGGUUCAGUUUGCUGGGCAGCUCCAGCCAAAGGGAUGCUGCUACACUUUGGAAGUCCCCAAGGGGCAGCCCGAGGUACUGAACCGGCAAGUUGUGAAAUCUGAUUCAGCAACUAUCAAGAUUCCAGAACUAGACUUUGAGAUUCCUCCAGAAGCUCAACGUGGAACACUUUCAACAGUGGAAGGGAGCAUUAUGCGAGCUGUUAGUGAGUUAGAAGCACUUCAGGAUGAAAGAAAGAAAGUGGAUCCUCAAAAGGCUGAAGCUAUUGAACAGUUCUUAGUAAAAUUGAGAUCUCUUGGAUCAGGGGAAGCUGCUUUUACCUUUAUUCUUGAUGAUGCUUCUGGUAACAGCUUCAUCGAGAACCCGAAUGCACCUUCACCAGAUCCUUUAUUAUCUUUGAGAUUCUAUGAGAGGACAUAUGAACAACAAGCAGCACUCGGUUUUCUUGCUGAACCAACCAAAGAAUCUGGAGACUCUUCUCAGGAUGCUUCAACAGUAGAAGGAAACUCUGGUGGGCCGCAAAGGAUUCCACAUGGUUCAGUUGGAGCUGUUGCAGGUCGCCGUGCUAUCGCUCAGGGAAACUCUGAUGAAAUUACUGCAGCGCUUUGUAGAUAUUCAGCACCAGAAGAGGUUGAUACUUUACCAUCAACAUGUGCGGCAUGUGCUACUGAGUGUGUCACACGAUUCUUUUCUACAAAAAUCCCAUAUUUCCGAGAGGUGAUUGUUAUGGCUACAUCAUGUGAUGUGUGCGGCUAUCGCAACUCAGAGUUGAAGCCUGGUGGUGAAAUCCCAGCUAAAGGAAAGAAAACAACACUGACCGUGCGAAGCGUAAAAGAUCUUAGUCGUGAUGUCAUAAAGUCAGAUUCAGCAGCAGUUAGUGUACCUGAACUUGAGUUGGAGCUGUCAAGCGGAACACUGGGUGGCAUUGUCACAACAGUUGAAGGUUUAAUUGUGAAAAUAUGCGAGGCACUGGAGAGAGUUCAUGGAUUCCAGUUGGGUGACAGUACAUAUGAAUGGAAGAAGAAGAAAUGGGAUGGUUUCACAGAGAGAUUAGCAAAGCUUCUAAAUCUAGAAGAGCCAUGGACUUUAAUUCUUGAUGAUGCAUUGGCGGCUUCAUUUAUUGCUCCAGCGACAGAUUCGCUAGAAGAUGAUAAACAGCUAACAAUUGAGGAGUAUGAGAGGAGCUGGGAGCAAAACGAGGAGCUGGGCUUGAAUGACAUGGACACGUCCUCUGCGGACAUGGCCUACAACACCACGAGCGCGUCAUAAUCAGGCUUGGUUUAGUCUUCUUGUUGUGCGCAAUGUUGUAACCUGUAAUUUGAAAUUUGAUACUUUGUGGUGUAUUCUAUUUUUGUUUUCCAAACGAACCAGCAAUAGGUGGUAUGGAGAUGGUUUCAACUAAA